AGAAAGUCUACGUUCUUGGGCUUACUCUUCCGACGCCAGAACUCGAGGCGAAAACCGCAGAUGGCGAACUCAAAGUUUAUGAAUGUCAGGCAUCGACAGCGCACCCUGGUGUAUACACCAUUGCUUCGAAGGAACUCGAUGACGGUCGUUGUUGGGUUGAAAAUGCCGAAUGCAUUGCCAAAACCCUCAGCGAUGACACUAGAGAAAAAUCGGGGAUGCCGAAGAUCUUGACUAGCGAGAACCUUUUUGGUUCCUCUGCUCCAGACAUUUCAGCUGGAAAACACGGAGUUCGAGAACUCUUGAGGAUCGCCAAAUUCCCUAUGAAGUUCAGAGACGACCACCUUCAGAGUUUAAUAGCAGGACUCAAACAGCACAAGAAGAGCCACCUAACACCCCAGACAUUAGAUAUAGCGACAACCUUUGCGCCUAUCGUGGCUCAUAUAUCGAUCGCAGGUCUCAUGACAGCGUACUACCAUCAUGGCGGAGCUGAUAGGGUUUGGUAUAUCGUUCGGCCUUCCCACAAGAGGCUCUUUGAAACGCACUUCAAGGAGCUCUUUGCUGAUAGAAUUGGGCGAUACACAUGUUCCCAGUUUGUCAGCCAUGUGUCGCUGUGGCUCGAUCUCCAUGUUUCGCAACUUGGACCUUUGGGAAUUCGCUGUGCAGAAGUUCACCAAGGCCCUGGACAAGUGCUCUUCGUUCUUCCAGACUCCUAUGUAUGGGGAUACAGCCGGGGUUACAACAUCGUCGAACGCAGACUGCUUGCUCCUCCAGGUUGGACUUCUACUCCUGAGCACUACAAACCUUGUUUUGAUGGGGAGAUUCUCUGUCGUGGUGAUCCGUGUAGAAACAAAUAUGUCAAAGCAGGCAAUGCUCCUGAACCGGAAGUGAAGGGCCAAGUUGAUGACGGCAGCAUAUGAACCGAUGGCAUUCAAGAGAGUUUGGGCAACGAACUUAAGAAUGGCUCGAACCUGAAAGAAACGCAUGAGGUGGCUGAUGUCAAAGAGGGUUUGGAGGGGUCGGCUUUUGAGUCUGGCUUGAUGAUCGACGCCGUAUCCAAGUCAGACGA